AUGGUUGAGCAAAUGCCAGAAGAUAUAUCGACCCAAGUGACAUCGGACGCCGUCCAGUAUCCGGAAUUACUGACUUUAACUCCUGACAGCUUUCCUGAUUUCCAAAACGCAUUGAAUAUUAGUAGCUUGUGUUGUUCUCCCGACACUCUUGAAAUUCUGACUGGUGGUACACACAUUCAUUCAGCUGACCAGCAAGUGUUAGCCAACGGUUAUGCAAGUGUAACUGAAUACUUGUCCACAGUCACAGAAACUACGCUUUCAUCUGAAGUUUUCACGUCUGUAUGCGAGAUCGUAACUCCUGUGACCUCCCCUGUGUGUGUUACCAAUACCGCUACUUCUUCGAGAGGACAUCUUCAUCAAGAGCGUCAUGUAAGCCUUUCGCCUACUCGGAGGAGGAAACAACGUCGUUACAGAACUACUUUCACCAGUUACCAACUGCAAGAACUAGAAAAAGCAUUUCAUAAGACACACUACCCAGAUGUAUUUUGUCGCGAGGAGUUGGCCAUGAAAAUAGAUCUUACCGAAGCACGAGUGCAAGUGUGGUUCCAGAAUAGAAGGGCCAAGUGGAGGAAAUAUGAAAGGUCUGGAGGUCAAACUUUGCUUGGAAGUACAGGCCAGUUUCAAGCAAGAAGUGAAGGAAUUGUGAUUGAAUCUCGGUCUGAUCAUAAUGUGCUAAUCUUCAACCCUGGAUGCACUGCAGCUACCGAAUCACAGUCCGAAUUCAAAGAAGACACAAAUGUUAGUUCCACUGAAAAUCUAGAAUUUAAACCAAUUGUUCAACAACAAUUAGACUCCAGGGAAGUUUCGUAUCCUGAUAUCACCACCAAUAUCUGUUUCUCCAACAUGGGAUCAUUGACUUUCCCAAACAUUUCAGUGCCCACCACCGACUGGUAUACAAGUUUCACACCAGAAUCCAACCGUAUACAAUGCGUAGAUGAAGACCAUAAUGGAACAACCCAAGAAACGGACGUAGUAAAGUUGGCUUUGGCUGCCUCUGAACUUGACACUGAGUAUUCAUCUCCACUCAUCAGCAAUGAAGAUCAACAUAUGACAUCAAACCGUAACAUUCCUAUGAUUCAGUUGGAAUUGUUAAAUUCUGAUCUUACUUGUGGUAUUGAAACUUUCCAGCAAAUGCAUGAUGAAGACGAUUAA